AUGGUCUCACACCCGUCCAGACCAUCGCAUGCGGCUUCGAAUUCGCGCUCGUCGCAAGCCUCAACCUCCAACUCCCACACGCCCGGCCACUCGAAGAAGUCGUCAUCCUCGUCCAACCACAACGGCCAAGCCCGCGAGCGCGAACAGCGGCCGAGCAGAGAGGGAACAGCGCAAAAGGCAGCCCAAGAUGUGGCGGGUCUCAAGGACUUCCAGCUGGGCGAUUGCCUGGGCAAAGGCGCAUUUGGCAGCGUAUAUAGGGCGCUCAACUGGGGCACGGGCGAGACGGUCGCUAUCAAGCAGGUCCGCCUCGAGAACCUGGGCGCCGCCGACCUCAAGAACAUGGAGAUGGAGAUUGACCUGCUCAAGAACCUAAACCAUCCCAACAUUGUCAAGUACCACGGCUUCGUGAGGAGCUCCGAGAGUCUAUACAUUAUCCUGGAGUACUGCGAGAACGGAUCGUUGCACAGCAUCUGCAAGAACUUUGGAAAGUUCCCCGAAAACCUCGUUGCGCUGUACAUGUCGCAGGUCCUCCACGGCCUACUCUACCUCCACGAACAGGGUGUCAUACACAGGGAUAUCAAAGGUGCAAACAUCCUUACAACCAAGGAGGGCCUGGUCAAGCUGGCCGACUUCGGUGUAGCGACCAAACAGUCGGGUCUGGAUCAGUCGAGCGUCGUGGGCACACCCUACUGGAUGGCUCCGGAGGUUAUCGAACUCUCGGGAGCUACUACAUCGUCAGAUAUCUGGAGUUUGGGAUGCACAGUCAUCGAGCUGAUUGAGGGAAAACCGCCAUACCACAAGUUGCAGCCCAUGCAAGCUCUUUUCAGAAUUGUCAACGAUGAGCACCCGCCAAUACCUGGAAGUGCCUCUCCGCUGCUGCGUGAGUUUCUCAUGGAGUGUUUCCAGAAGAAUCCCACGCUCCGCAUCUCCGCAAAACGCCUCCUCAAGCAUCCAUGGAUCCUCAGCGCCAAGCGGACUGUCCCUGCAGUACCCACAAAACCUACCGAAUAUCAGGAAGCAGUCAAGUCCGUGCAGGAAUGGAACGAGGCCUUAAAGUCGCCCAGUUCCCUUCGCCGAAGCUCUCGUCUCGUGUCGGGCUUGCAGAAAGCUUCGCCUGCUGCCGCCAACGGUACGGGUGCCUCAUCUCGCAAGAUCCCGGCCAAUGUUAAUCUCAACAUCCCAAAGCACAGACCUACCGCAGAGUCGUUCCGCUCGCCGGAACUAGAGCAUGACGAUAACUGGGAUAAUGACUUUGCUGAAAGCAUAUCGCCCCGCGCCCUGCAGAUGCCACACCUCAAGCCUCAGGACAACUUUGGUGGUCUGUUUUCGAGCGACAGGCUCAAGGCUUUCGCCAGCUUUGAGUCGGUCACGGAGAUGCCUGAGUUUGGGGAUGGGGAGGCUACUGUGAAGAGCCCGAUGAAUAUGGCACAAUUCCAGAGCUUCCCAAAGGCCUCGGGUCAUAGAGCGAUCGAGAGGUCGAGAGGGGUCAAUGGUAGGCCUAGGACGUCUGCUUCGUCUUCGAAUACGUCGUCAAGAUCAAAUUCCAACGCUUCAAUAUCAGAGCACGAGGAUAGGUAUGAUGCUCAGCCAAGAACGGCGUUUCUGCGAGGUACACCAAGGGCAACGCAGUCCCCCAAGCCAAAGCCUAAAGCGCCAGCGCGGCCCAGUCAACUAUUCCGCGAGGAUACUGUCGAGGAUUACUCCGACCUCAUGCCAGCUGAUGAAGGUGCCUUUGAGCGCAAAUUGGCGUCUAUGCAAUACGCACAUCCGCCAGCCAUAUCAUCCAGACAAGUAGUCCUCACCAACUCCAGUCCACCAUCUGACACUUUCUCUCCACGGCUGUUCCAUCCCAGCGAUCUGAAAGCAGGGCCCAAGUCAACACGCGACGUCAAGUCGAACGGCAACAUCCACCAGAGAUCAGCAAGCUCAACAUCCACACGGGGAAAGCUGCAACGAACGCAGUCGCAGAUUGAGAUCCAAAAGUACGCCGAGAACGAAAGCGAUGAUUUCUCUGAUGUCUUUGGCGAUAUCAAGAGUCAACUUGCUAAUCCCAGCCGAGCCGAAAGUGAUAGUGGUAGUGAGCACAGUAGUCUUGCCAUGAUCACAUCCAAGAUGGCGAACUCUUUCAUCAUAGCUGACGAAGAUGACCUUGAUCCAUUCGCGAACCUUGAUGAGGGACUUGACAACAUCAACCUGGAGAACAAUGUCGCUCGAGAUCGGGACGAUCGGUUGACAAAGAUGACAGAAAGUCUUGUGGGUUGCUUGAAGACUAGUCAACCUGACGACGAACUGCUCGAUAUUGCAGAUCAAUUACUACAGGUGCUACACGAGUCCCCAGACAAGCGAUCAAUCAUACUACGAAGUCAUGGCAUGUUGCCUAUACUGGAGAUUCUUGGAACUAGGCCGCACAACGAAGUGGUACUGCCUCUUCUGAAAAUCAUCAACUUGAUCAUCUUGGAAGACUCUGAAUCACAAGAAAGCUUGUCUUUCCUAGGUGGUAUCCCGACCAUUUGCUACUUUGCCUCCAAGAAGUUCCCAAGCGACAUCCGAAAAGAGGCUGCAGCUUUUGUGCGGCAAAUGUAUCAAACAAGCACACUGACGCUACAGAUGUUUAUUGGCUGUGGUGGUAUCAAUGUGCUAGUCGAGUUCCUAGAAGAAGACAUCGAUGCUGAGCGCGAUCUGGUCCUCAUCGGAGUCAAUGGCGUCUUUGGCGUUUUCGAAUUGCAAGGACCCACCCCUAAGAACGACUUUUGUCGCAUCUUCUCAAGAUCAAGCGUACUAUAUCCUCUCAGCUUGGUGCUGAAUCGCAUGGUGGAGGAGGAUGGAGAGGUUGCACGCCUGAUCGUGGGCAGGAUCGUACAGAUUUUCCUCAUCUUCUCACAAGCAGAAAGUCAUGUCAAGGAUCUCGUAGCGGAUCGAAUGAUUCUGAAGCGUGUAUUGAAAGAUCUCCGCAAGAUGUCACCACCACAUCAAAUCACCAUGCUCAAGUUCAUUAAGAAUCUAAGCUCCCUCUCCUCGACGCAUGAAGCCCUCCAGAACUCCAACGCGAUCGACAUCCUAAUUGAACUACUCAAGUCAACUCGGCAAAAAGACGCCAUGAGCCGCAGCCAACACCGAUCCGCUUCCGAUCCAGCUCGACUACCACCCUUCCACCGCGAGAUCUCGAAUCAAAUCCUCAAUACGAUGUACAAUCUGUGUAGGCAUAAUAAGAGCAGGCAGGAGGAGGCUGCGUUGUCGGACAUUAUCCCUUUACUGAAGGAAGUUGUGCGCGAAGGCGGCCCUCUCAAAGAGUUCGCAUUGCCGGUGCUGCUUGAGAUGGUCAACUCGGGCAAGGUUGCACGGAAGAUGCUGUGGGAUGCGAAGGGUCUGGCAUUCUACGUGUCGCUACUAGGCGAUCGCAAUUGGGCGGUGACAGCCCUGGAUGCCAUUUUCGUGUGGCUCCAGGAAGAGACCGCACGCGUCGAGCAAUACCUCCUCUCCUCGCAAUCGAGCUUUACCGUCGCCAUCAUCUCCGCAUACACCUCGGCUGAUCUACCGCACUCGACCUUUGAGAACAUGCUCGAGCCGCUGCAGAAGCUUGUCCGUUUAUCCCCACCAAUUGCUGCAUCUCUCGCAGUACCGGAGAUCUUCAAUCGCACCGAACAGAAGCUGGGACACAAGGAUGCUGUGACGCGUCUCAACUUUCUCCGUAUUCUGCGGACGAUCUGUGACGCGAAGGAUGAGGGCUGCUGGCUCAUACGCGCUUUCGGCUGCUAUGAUCGUAUCAGCUGGCUCAUGGAACACGAUUCUGCCGUGUUAGUACGCCAGAUGGCUGAAGAGCUCGUCCGCGCAUGCGACGAAGUCGAGCUCUCGGGCAUCAGCAAAGGAUCAAACGGCAAGCGAAGCAUCAGUCGUGCUUCAGCCGUAGGCAUGAAUCUUCGUCGUCCACCAUCGUCAGCCGGUCGACGAGACGGUUCCGGCUCUAGCACCGGCUCUACACUGGUCGGCAGUGGCAUGGGUCUAACACCACCCACGCCCAAUUCUCUCAAAUCUACAUUCAUGCUCCCACCCAUGUCCAAUACGCCAACAGGACGCGGUGGCAUUACGAGGUCCCAAUCAUCAACAGCAAUGUGGGAUCUCGCCGAAGAUCCCUCUGCUGUCCCUCCUUCCUCCGGACGCUCAAAACCACCCGCUCUAGCACGCAGUUCAACCUCCUUUGCAGCUCUACAAUCCAACAACAGCACACCAACUGGUCCCCGUACAUCCUCACGCCCACCAUCCCGUGACGCAGCAACAAGCCUUGCACGCAUAGAAGCGAACAACAACGCAAAAUCGUCUUCCCGUCUCCCUAAAGCCCGGGUUGGUCGUCUCGGCGAAGCGAUCAUGAGACGACGUCAAAGUACCGUUGGUGGCGAGAAUGAGAUGCCGGGUCAUAGUACACCGACUCCCACUCCCACUCCGACGACUAGUAACGCGCCGCCGCUUCCCCGUUUGCAGAUUGUGAGAAGGAGGAGGGAGACUAGUGGGGGAGAGAUGAGUACAGCGGCGAGGAAGGGCGUUGCGCCGGAUUAG